UAUUGAAGGUACCAUUUAACUAGUGGCAACUGGAUUUAAACAGGGGAAGGCUUUCUUCCAAUUUUCUUCUCCUCUGUCACUUUCACUUCCUCAUCUCAUAAACAAUAACAUAAAUACCCCAAAUUACUAGAUCACCUCUGAUUGGUUACAUAACAGAGAAGACAAAAUCAAACUUUACAAUCAGAUCAAACACCAAAUCAAUUGUUGAAAGCUACCCAAGAGAGAGAAACAGAGAUCUAUAUGCAUAGGAGACCUUGUUCUCUCUCUGUUUCUAUGAAUUUCUGAAAGAGAUGGGAAAAACAAAGAAGUGGAUUAAGAACUUUUUCACAGGAAAAGAAGACAAGCAGAAGAAACCAAGCAGUCAGGCGUAUUCGUUAACUGUAUCCGAAAUUUUCACCAGUAGUGCUUCGGUUGGUAAUCCUGUGCUGCCGCCGGAGAGCCCGAAGGAGAAGCAGGGGUUGAGCUCCCGGAGAUCGCCACCCCCCGUCCCCACCGUUCAGCCGGCGGACCAUGCGGUGCUGGAAUCACGGAUUGAGCAGAAGAAAGCGGUGGCGGUGGCCGUGGUGGCAGCCACCGCCAAGCUUGUUGGGGCCGUCGCCUACAGGAGAGGUCGUGCUGUUGAGGAGGCGGCUGCUGUCGUGAUCCAAUCUGUUUUUCGUUCUUACUUGGCUAGAAAAGCAUUAAAGGCCUUGAGAGGGCUGGUGAAGGUGCAGGCAUUGGUGAGGGGUUAUUUAGUGAGAAAACAAACCACGGCGACCCUCCACUGCAUGCAAUCACUUGCGACGGCCCAAGCCAGGGCACGGUCUCAGUGGAUCAGAAUGGCCGACGAAUCGAACUCUAGUUAUGGGAUACAGUCCAAUCACAGAAAAGCCAUGGACGGGAGGUCCAAAAAAUCAAUUUAUCAGGAAAUAGACCGGGGCAUGGAUGGAAACAUCAGGAUUGUGGAAAUGGAUGUUGGAGAAUCAAAGCGAAGCACGAACAGCAGAAAGAGCCACUCAAGCCACCCUCAAACAGCCCACACAAAUCACCGAACCUCGAAAGGUUCCAUGACGAAUCGCGCUCACUCGAAGCAAGAACGCCGGGACUUAUCUGCAAAACCAUCGGCUCUCGUAGACUCUAGCCCGAGAGCUCGAAGCAUGCGUUUCGAUGACUACUACUUUGACACGGCACAAAGCAGCCCUCAGUACUCAUCCGCGGCGUCCGUGUCCGAGUAUCCCUCGUACGCCCAAACAUAUCACCGAGUUGUGGACUCUAGCCCGAGAGCCGAAAGCAGGCGUUUCGAUGACUACUACUUGGACACGGCCCAAAGCAGCCCUCAUGCCUCAUCCGCGUCUUCCAAACCCUCGUACCCCUCGUACCAUUACAACAUGAUGGCCCCGGCUUACGUAACGAAUACAGAAUCCCCUCGGGCAAAAGGGGUGCGAUCGCAGAGUGCAACCUGGGCUAGACCCGAUUCAACUGCGGGGAUGUCGAGCAGGAAGAAGGCCCCAAGGGCUGGGACGAGACCAGAUUCGAAGGUGGACCCGUGGUUGGCCAAGCAUGCUAGGGUGGGUGGGUCGACGGGUAAAGAGAGGGACCUUGGAUCUUCUCGUACCGGUCAUACAAAUACCGUCAAUGGCAAAUCUCGCAGUCCAUGGAAAUAGGUACUGAAAGUACUUUCCCAACUACAAGCAUUUUGGCUGGAUAUUGCAAAGAGACCCCCGUUCUAGAGACCAUAAUAUUAGGAGACAACUGAUUUGAGCUUGGCGCAGAGGAGAAUGUUUGAAAAGAGUAUGCUAUCGGCAUUGUUGCCCGUUACAUUACAAUUAACUCAAGCCUAAAGGGAUGGUAGCCAUUGUUGCCCAUUGAUACGCUGACGCUUUGUGCAAAAGAAAGAAUCCAAUUUUCUUUUAAUUAUCGACAAAUUGUUUAUCUGCUCGAAUUUGUCUAUAGUUUUACUUAUGGAUAUAUAUACACACUGGUAGUAACAAUUUUUAAGUUGCAAACUUGAAUAGAUGGUUGUGUUG